GAUCAACUUCCUGUGUAUUUAGAUUCAGAAACAACACUAUGUCCUGGAAGUUUCUGCGGUGUUUGCAGAAUGCAAAGUUUUUAAAAAAGAAUUUACAGACUUCUCUGUCUGUCCACAGAUGUGUGUCAGUACAAUAUGUUCCUGACACAAUCUCUGCUGCUCACGGGGAGACAACUCGUAUGAAUUUAGUACAAGCUGUAAAUAAUGCUUUAGAUAUUGCAUUAUCUACAGAUCCAUCAGCAGUAUUGUUUGGAGAAGAUGUAGCAUUUGGUGGCGUAUUUAGAUGUAGUGUAGAAUUAAAAGAUAGAUAUGGUCGUGAUAGAGUGUUUAACACACCCUUAAGUGAACAAGGUAUUGUAGCAUUCGGUAUAGGAGUAGCUACAAUGGGUUCUACAGCCAUUGCAGAGAUACAGUUUGCUGAUUAUAUUUUCCCAGCUUUUGAUCAGAUAACAAAUGAAGCUGCAAAAUUCCGAUAUAGGACAGGAAAUAUAUUUGAUUGUGGAAAACUUACAAUCAGAGCCCCAACAGGAGCUGUAGGCCAUGGAGCAUUAUAUCAUUCACAGAGUCCAGAAGCUUUCUUUGCUCAUAUACCUGGUAUUAAAGUCGUGAUCCCUAGAGGACCCCACCAAGCCAAAGGUUUACUAUUAUCAUGUAUUAGAGACCAGAACCCUUGUAUAUUCUUUGAACCUAAGAUAUUGUACAGAUCUGCCAUUGAAGAGGUUCCAUCAGGGGAUUAUACAAUACCUUUAGGACAAGCUGAAGUUCUUUUAGAAGGUGAUGAUGUGACAUUAAUUGGUUAUGGAACACAGGUACAUGUAUUACGAGAGGUAGCUAACAUGGCAGAGGAAAAAUUUAAUGUCUCCUGUGAAGUGAUAGAUUUGAGGACAAUAUUACCGUGGGAUGAAGAAACUGUGAUAAAUUCUGUAAAGAAAACGGGUAGAUGUAUAAUUUCCCAUGAGGCACCAAUCACUAUGGGAGUGGCAGCAGAAAUAGCAGCAACAAUACAGGAUGAAUGUUUUUUGAAUUUAGAAGCACCUGUUAUGAGGAUAUGUGGUUAUGACACUCCGUUCCCUCAUGCGUUUGAAGCUUUUUAUUUACCUGACAAAUGGCGUUGUUUAGAGGCAGUUAAAAAAAUUGUUAAUUAUGGAUAAUGUAACGUGUGGAUGCUGUGAUACUGAAUCUCAUUGAUAUUUGUUUCUCGUGUACUGCAGAUUCAUUAUUUUUUGAGAAAUUCCAAUUUCCUUGGAUUUCGUUGGUAAAUGUGAUUCAUGGAUUUAAAUGGUCAACAAAAUAAAUUUAUUUUAAAAGACUUUUAUGCAAGGUUUGGUAAAACCAUGAAAUCAAAUAUAUACAUACUACAAUUUUUUCCUCAAUUCUUGAGAAUUGUUUACCACGAAAGUAAAUAGAUCUGCAGUAUAAUACAAGAAAUUGGUAUAUGCAUGGUAAAUGGGAAACAUGGAUUAAAAGGAAACUGAAAUUCAUAAAUUCCUGACUUGAACAACAGAAUAUUUGAUGUGCCAUUUAUGGAUGAAAUUUUGUCAAUGUCACUAGAACUUGAAUGCUUCUUGAAAGUGCUAGUGCCAUGUGCAAAUGCAACAUGGAAGUUAAAUUUAAAGUACUAUAAUUAUGCUGAUCUACAUAAAUUCUUUUUCAAUUUAUUAACCCUUCGGUAAACUUUGUGCACCUUUAUAAUCAUGAUAAUUGUGUUCACUAUUUAUAGAUUUAAUUGUCAAAAUACUGUGGUUUCAUUAUUAUUCAUUGGAAAUCAAUUUUCAUGGAUUUUGUGGGUACAGGUUAACUACAAAAUUAAAUGUGCAACGGAUAAUAAUUUUUUUAUUGGCUUGUAUAAAUCGGUAAAACCACGAAAUCAAAUAUCCACAAAAAAGGAAGUUUUCUUUAUCCAGAAAAUUUGGUACUCAUGAAAAUAAAUGAAUCAACAGUAUGUCAAGGGUGUUCGUUACUCUGGCUUUUGUCAUAUUUGGAAUCCUCCAGUUGUAGUGCAAAUAAAAAUGAAGCCAGCAGCUGGCAUUGAGUAAUUAUAAUCAGUAAUCGUAAUCAGAUGUAAUCGAUUACAUUGCAAAAAACAGGUGUAAUCAUGAUUACUUUAAGAUUACAUUCAUAUGAUUUAUACUUGCUGAUUACAAUACCCUAGCUUUUAUCAUGUUCAGUUGAAAAGCUAUUUUGAGAAAUGUUAUGAAUCAUUGUUCUUUUUUAUAGUCUUAGAAAGAAAGAAAAAAGUGCCAAUGAUAAGAGUAUGAAAAAUCUAAAGAGAUUUAUUUCCCUUCAAAUUUUUAAUUGAUUAUAUUUCAAAACUAAUUAAGGACAUGAGUUUUAUACUCAAUAGUUUGCUCUCAGUCUUACCAAAAGUGAUCUAGAGAUUUCUCAAAUUACCAUACACACAGAAACAAAUGACCUACCAUUUCUAACUCAGGGGUAACUUCAAAAUAGGAUGGUUUGGUAGAAGGGUUUUUAUUCUGCUAUGUUUUGAAAUUCUUCUUGAUUGUUUGAUUCUAACAAAGACAGGCACUUUAUAAGAAAUAUUUCUUUGGGAAUUUUCAAAUUCAUUUAUUCUAUACUGAUAAAGAAUCUUUAAAUGUGUGCAAGGGCAUAACAUGUAAGCAUUAUUAUUUCAUUUAACUUCUAGAUCUAUAAAUACUCAUAUUUUCCAUAAACUUGUGAUUAAUCCCUUAAUAUGUUGGGUUUUUUUAUCACACAAAGUUUAGGGACAGAUUUAGGGGACCAGGCUCUUUAUGGAGCUUGAUUUAUGGUUAAUCAAGACUUUAUUAUUUUAAAUACACCCCUUGGAUCUGUCACCAGUCCAAUAUGAUCCAGUUAUUACAAAUUUUCAAAAAGCUUGAACGCAGACUUUGGCAAAAUCAAGAAUUCAAAUAUUCACAAAAAUAUACUUUUCCCUCAAUCAUAAAUCU